CUCUACCAGUAAGCAGGCGAGGAGGGGGCGGGAGCUGGGGGUCCCGGCAGCUUCUAGUAGGUUCCAGAAGGCGGCGCGUGCGGUUGGGAACGCGGAGCGGACGGGAUCGAUUCAACGGGGUUCCGGGCCGGGCUAUGGAGCAGGUAAACGAGCUGAAAGAGAAGGGCAACAAGGCCCUGAGCGCCGGGAACAUAGAUGACGCGCUACAGUGCUACUCCGAAGCCAUCAAGUUAGAUCCCCAGAACCAUGUGCUCUACAGCAAUCGGUCUGCGGCCUACGCCAAGAAAGGAGACUACCAGAAGGCUUAUGAGGACGGCUGCAAAACUGUGGACUUAAAGCCUGACUGGGGCAAGGGCUAUUCUCGAAAAGCAGCUGCCCUGGAAUUCUUAAAUCGCUUUGAGGAGGCCAAGCGAACCUAUGAGGAGGGUUUGAAACAUGAAGCAAAUAACACUCAGCUCAAGGAGGGUUUACAGAAUAUGGAGGCCCGCCUAGCAGAGAGGAAAUUCAUGAACCCUUUCAACAUGCCCAACCUGUACCAGAAACUAGAGGGUGAUCCCCGGACAAGGGCACUGCUCAGCGAUCCUUCCUACCGGGACCUGAUCGAGCAACUCCGAAACAAGCCUUCUGACCUUGGCACAAAACUACAAGAUCCACGGAUCAUGACCACGCUCAGUGUCCUUCUUGGAGUUGACCUGGGAAGUAUGGAUGAAGAGGAAGAAGUUGCAACACCUCCUCCACCCCCUCCUCCGAAAAAGGAAACUAAACCAGAGCCGAUGGAAGAAGAUCUUCCAGAGAAUAAGAAACAGGCCCUGAAAGAAAAAGAGCUGGGGAACGGUGCCUACAAGAAGAAAGACUUUGACGUGGCCCUGAAGCAUUAUGACAGAGCCAAGGACCUGGACCCCACCAACAUGACUUACAUUACCAAUCAAGCAGCGGUGUACUUCGAAAAGGGUGACUACAACAAAUGCCGGGAGCUCUGUGAGAAGGCCAUCGAAGUGGGGAGAGAAAACCGAGAAGAUUAUCGACAGAUUGCCAAAGCAUACGCACGAAUUGGCAACUCCUACUUCAAAGAAGAAAAGUACAAAGAUGCUAUCCAUUUCUAUAAUAAAUCUCUGGCAGAACACCGGACCCCGGAUGUGCUCAAGAAAUGCCAGCAGGCAGAGAAAAUCCUAAAGGAGCAGGAACGGCUGGCCUACAUAAACCCUGACCUGGCUCUGGAGGAAAAGAACAAAGGCAACGAAUGUUUCCAGAAAGGGGACUACCCCCAGGCCAUGAAGCAUUACACAGAAGCCAUCAAGCGGAACCCACGUGAUGCCAAACUGUACAGCAAUCGAGCUGCUUGUUACACCAAGCUCCUGGAGUUUCAGCUGGCGCUGAAGGACUGUGAGGAGUGUAUCCAGCUAGAGCCAACUUUCAUCAAGGGCUAUACGCGGAAAGCGGCUGCCCUCGAGGCCAUGAAGGACUACACGAAAGCCAUGGAUGUCUACCAGAAGGCCCUAGACCUGGACUCCAACUGUAAGGAAGCGGCAGACGGUUACCAACGCUGCAUGAUGUCCCAGUACAACCGGCAUGACAGCCCGGAGGAUGUCAAGAGACGAGCCAUGGCUGACCCCGAGGUGCAGCAGAUUAUGAGUGACCCCGCCAUGCGGCUCAUCCUGGAGCAAAUGCAGAAGGACCCCCAGGCGCUCAGCGAACACCUGAAGAAUCCCGUAAUAGCUCAGAAAAUCCAGAAGCUGAUGGAUGUGGGUCUGAUUGCAAUUCGGUGAUGACUUGCGCAGCCCCCUUUCCCUUCACCCCACGAGGAAAGGAGCUGGGAGCGCGGCAAGCAGCGGAGCAAGAAGGGAGAGAAGGGGAAGCCAGCGCCGGUCCCUAUAUAUUUAUGCCUACCGACACGAAGGAUGAGAGACUCUGCCAGCUGCCGCCUUGGCCCUCCCAGCACGCGCAUGGUCUCCUCACUGCUGCCCUCGGUUCCAUGUACCCGCCCCAGCCCUCCAUCACUGUUUCGGCUGCUCUCCCAUAGUUGGUUAUUUUUUAUUUGGGACAGUUGGGCAUGUGUGGGGAGGGGAGGGUGUUCUUCCCAUCCUCAGGUCCCAACUGUCUUCACAUUGUUAAGUCCACGUCUGUCUCCAUCAAUAAAACAAGCCAGUCAGGCGUGGUUACCUGUUG